AUGUUCGCCUCCCUCCUCACUCUCUUCCUCUUCGCCCUCGCUCUUCCAGCUCACGCCGAGACGCUCCAGUGGGCCGGCGGCGGCAAGACUGGAGGUUACCUUGGCGUGCUCCACCACGGUAUCCGUGGUGUCUCCAAGAAUGGUGACACCGUCUGGAUGACUGGCGACUACAACCGCUACGUCAGCCGGUAUGUCGCUCUUGACUGGACCAUUGGCCGCGAUGAGCCGGGCCAGAUCAAGAUGGACGGAUACGGCAGUCUCUGCCUCGAUGCUGGCGACAAGCCCAAAGCUGGCAAGUCACUGCAGGUGUGGGAGUGCAGCUCCUCCCGCGCGGCGGCGCAGACGUGGGUCUUUGCCGAGAACCAGCUGCGCCUGGGCGACACCCAGCUCUGCAUCGAGGUGCAGGACGGCGAGAACACGAGCGGAGAGGCGCACGAGGGCAACAUUCGCCUUGCCGAGUGCAGGAGCAGCCGCUUCGGCCAGUGGUGGCGCCUGAAGGACCCGUCACGCAGCUUCACUGUCCAGGGCCCGCUUUGGGUGUGA